CUUACAUAACAAAAGAUGGCAUUAUCAAACUUUGGUAAUUACGGGACUAGAUCAAAAACCAUUGAAGUUCCACUGCAACAGGAACAAGUCUUAGAGGUAGUCUGUGACGACUUGCCCACAAACCCCACCGAAUUGACAGAUAUCUUUCGGACCGAAAACGUUGGACUCACCUACUACAGAAUGUUGGCUAUUGAAUAUUACGAACAAAAUGAAAUUGAACAAAGUAUCAGUGUUGUUCAAGCUGGCUUAACAAGUGCUAGUAAUUCACCUACCACUACACCACGACAAAAAUUGCCAUUAUUAACCUUGAUUGCUACGCUUCACAUGCGCCUUGCCAAGCAAGAAGUACAUAACGAGUUGCAACGCCAAAAAUAUCUGGAAGAAGCGACCCAAUUUAUAAAUGAAGCUGAUCGAAUUCACAACCAAUACGAACCCACAUUUGUCGUAAAGGGUAAUCUCUAUCUUUUACUGAAAAAAAUAGACGAAGCAGCACGUUCAUUCAACAUGGUGCUCGAGAAAAGACCUAACUGCAUUCCUGCUCUCUUAGGAAGAGCAAAAAUUCAAUAUUACGCAAAGAAUUACAAGGCUGCCUUGAAGACGUACCAAAGCGCUCUCAAGUAUUCUCGUGGUAAAUUCUCGGGUGUCGAAAUUCGAUUAGGUAUUGCUCAGUGUUUUGCACAAUUAAAAAUGUACACAGAGGCGAAAGCUGCUUUAAAACGCUGCAUUGAUAUGAGUCCAGUUCCUAACGCCACAGCCUUAAUAAUGUUGGCUAUCAUUGAAUUAAACGAAUCGAAAAAGAAAGAAGAAGGUAUUAUUCAACAAGAAAAUGCUUUGAGAAGCGGUCUUCAGCACAUGCAGCAAGCACACGUUGUCAACAAAAAACAUCCUGCUGUUUUAAACAUGAUGGCCAAUCACUUUUUUUUGACCCGUGAUUUCGAAAAGACAAUGACAUCCGCUUCCAGAGCCUUAAAUAACGCCUCCAACAAUGUUACCAAGGCAGAAGCAUCCUAUCAGAUUGCUAGAGCCCAUCAUCAAAUGCAAGAGUUUGACGAUGCUUACAAGUUCUAUUCGCAAGCACUUGAAUUAAACCCUGAUCAUAUCUUGGCUCAAUUUGGCAUGGGACAAAUGCAACUCAAGCGAGGAGAAAUUAAUGCCGCCAUUGAAAUUUUCGAGAAAUUACACAAGUCCGAACCCGAAUGUGUUGAAGUGAUGAAGGUAUUGGGAUCACUUUAUGGCAUUUCCGAUAAGAAGGAAAAAUCGUUGGGAUUGUUUAGCAAACUUUUAGAAAAUACAAAUGAUGAUCCCCUAUUGGCGAUGGAAAUUGCGGAGACGUACGAAGAAAAGGACAGCGCAAACUCAUUAAAAUAUUACGAACAAUCACUGGCACUCUUGGACGGGAUACCAAAGGACGACGUAGUUUCUAUGGAACGUGUGAAAGAGCUUAAACCAGAAUUGUUGAACAAUAUCGCGGUUACUCAUCAAACACUUGGAAACUUCUCCGACGCUGAACAUUUCUACGGUCUUGCCAUCCAAGAAAGUGAGACCAGCAAAGGGGACGAGAAAAAACUGAAGCUCACGAUGAGUUAUAAUUUAGCAAGAUUAUAUGAAGAGCGCUUAGAAACAGAAAAGGCCAUUGCUAUUUAUAGGAAAAUCAUUGAAGACUAUCCUGCAUAUAUCGAUGCUCAUUUACGCAUGGGCGCGAUAGAAAUGUCAUUAGGCAAACCAGAGGAGGCAAUUGAAUGGUAUAAGGAGGUUUUCGAUACAGAUGCUACAGAUACCAAGGCAUGGAUAAUGAUUGGUCAAGCGCAGGCGACUAUUUCUGAAAAGUUAUCCAAGCGAUCUUAUGAGAAAGUCCUCAAAUUGUGUAACAAAGAAGAUGUCUACACUCAUGUUGCGCUCGGAAAUUAUCAUGCGGCUAAUGCGAGAGAAUGUAAAACCGAAAAACAAAAGGAACAACGCAAGGAAUCAUAUAAGCUUGCUGUCAAUUUCUAUUCUCAGGCAUUACGACGUGAUCCCUUGAAUGUCUAUGCCGCCAAUGGUUUGGCCAUCAUUAUUCUUGAAACUGGACACCCAGAGGAGGCUAGGGACUUAUUCAACCAGGUCAGAGAAGCUGCUGUAAACAAUGCAAGUGUUUGGGUCAAUUUAGCCCAUGCCUAUGUUGAAUUAAAACAGUACAAACAAGCUAUUGUUAUGUACGAGAACGCAUCAAGAAAAUUCUAUAAUAAUAAGGAUGCCAACAUCUUACUUUGUUUAGCAAGAACUCAAUAUAUCCUUUCUAAAUCCGAAAAAGAUCCUGAAGUUAUGUACGAAGCUUUAAAGAAUACCGAAAAGGCGCUCCAUAUUUCGCCAUCAGACAAGACGACACAUUACAACCUUGCUCUUGUUCAACAAUCUUAUGCCCAACAAAUAUCAGAUCUCCCUCAAGAUCAGCGCACUUCCAGUAAUAUGCGUCGCGCCUUGAGUUGCCUUGAGUGUGGUCAACGUACUUUCCGCAUGUUGAUUAACGUUAACGAACACACUUUAUACGAUCGUAGUAAAAUUACAGAACAGCGUGAACGUUAUGGUGAAACCUUGCGUGUGCAACUGGACAGAAAGAUGACGGAACAAAUCCAAUUUGAAGAGGAAAAGGAAAGAAAGUUAAAUAUCGCGCGAAAGAAGCGUGAAAACGAGCGCGCCAAGAUCCUUUACGAGGAAGAAGAAAAAAUCAGGUUGCAACAGCUGGAAAAUGAGCGAAUGGAAGAAGCUCGUCGUAGAUUGAUGGAAAAAGUUCGAGAAGAUAACAUGAUGAUGGCCAGCCAACAAGUCGAAGAUGAUGACUUUGACGAAGAAAAGAAGGCUAAAAAGCGUUCUAGAAAGAGAAAAGAACGUGACGAGGAAGAAGCUGAGGAGAGACAGGACGGUGAUGAAAUCGACGAAGAUUCUGAAAGGGCUUCAAAAAGAAAAGACAAAAAGCAAUACCGAAGUAAACGUAUUAUCGAAGAUUCGGAUGACGAGGAUAUGUGAUUUUUCUCACUUUUAAUAAUAAAAUUAUUGUCAGACAGACUUGAAUUCGAAUUUAGAAAGUUGGAAUUGAUACCAUGAUAGCAGACACGCCCGAAAUCAAUCUUUGUCUGUAUAAUCUAAUUCCAUUGCGUAAUAUUAUUGUGGUUAGCUAAGUCAUUUUUAAGCUAUUCGCAUGAAUGCUUUGCUACAAACUCCAAGAAUAAUUUGACAUUUGGAAGACGAGUCUUACUUUGUACCUUACAAUUCAUUAACUUGAUUAAGUAAAAAUGGUCUAACUUGGACUGUGAUUCACUUUAAAGAUUGAAAUAUCAAACAGUUCAAAAUGCUUUAAAUAAGACUAUUUACAUCAACCAAUACCAAACAACCGGAGAGUCUGAAGAGCUGGUCUAUCGACAACAACUUUGCUGUAGUUAUAGAUACGAUCCAUAAGUAUAGACGCCUUAACUUUAAUUGUAAAUCAGAA